AUGGCUGGCGUGGAAUUAUCGCCCAGAACUAUGUACCAGUUCCACAAAGAUGAGAUCGCGAGAAACAUCGAGUGGAACCCCAAUGGAUUCCAGUUUAUCGAGGCCUGGAGUUUCCCUAACGUAAAUGAGGUAACAUCCUGCAACUUUCGCCAUGGAUGUCUAGAAAAGUCACAACUCAAAGAAUGGCUACAACAGACGGGGAACUUCUCGAUCCCCAAGUUACCCCUUUCUGAACAGCCGAAUGGGGGGAUUAGAUUGUUGAUAUGCAAUUACACUUUGUUCGAACGCGCCUCGCUCGGGAUGUCCCGCGAGGACUAUGAUUUAGUCGAAGCAAUGCUUGCCCUUCAUCCGGCCACCCUUCCCGCGCUUGAGGUAAGUGGCGGGAUGUUCUCGCGUUACUCUAGGAGCGGGCAACAGGGAGAUCAAACAUCUAUUAUCCUCAAAGCCCCUCAGAAGUACGAGAUCGCUAAUUACAUGCUGUCUCUCACGCACGAUACUACAUCACAAUGGACCACCGCUCUCCUCGCGGGCGAGGAUAUUAUCGAUUUAUUCCCAUUAAUCCAAGACUAUCGCUCCGAGCUACCGUUCAGAUCCCAAGCCCCCGGCAGAACCAUCCGGACGAGUCUUGCUCAGUCUCCCAAAAUGUGGAACAAUGCUCUCACAUUGCCAUGCAUUCUUGUGACCGAUCACCUGAAACGACUACAACAAUACUGUACCGGGCCUCUGACCCAGCAGGUGAUGGUGAUCGAAGAACAUCUUGGCGUCACCACAGUUGGUCGGAGGAACCAGGUGCCACGUUUCCGGGCGCCAACAAAUAGAAAGCUGCAGUCCAAAGACGCGGAUAUCCUAAACCUUGGAAUACCCGUCGAUAGAUCUCAGACGCACUUUCUCACCGUUUCCAUUAAUUCGAAGCUAACCAGUAUACUGUUCACAAGGCGCUCGCCGAAGUGGAACUACGAGGCGUCGCAGUUUCUAUUAAACAUCAUGAAUGAGUCUCAUACAGAAUCUCGCAGCCAACAUUCGCAAUAUAACGAAAUCAGGGAACUACUUGAGCACAACGUAUAUCUCGCCAAAUCUAUCGAGGACCAUGUGCUGUGCCUUCAGGCUCGGAUGGAGCUUCAGCUCGAUGUGUUAUACAGUUUCGUGGCCCAGUCAGACAAUCGGCUCAAUGCACGCCUCGCUGCAUCGACUGGGAGGGAUAGUACCUCCAUGAAGAUCUUAGCUUUUAUCACGACUAUAUUUCUUCCGGGGACGUUUAUUGCGGUAUGUAUCUAG